GCUUGACUUCCAAUGUUUUCAGAUUCCUCCAUCCUCUCACUCUCUCUUUCACCUGAACACGAAAUCUCUGAUACUAACAUCUGGCUGCCUCCGAAUGCUCUAUCAAUUAUCAUCCCUGUCGUCAGCGUUAGGGCACGGCCACCGACUGAAAGUCGGCCAUAGGCCAGGUAAAACGAGGAUAACCAGUGAUGCCCAACAAAAGCCCACCAGAAGAGAGCUUCAGUUUAAUUAUUCGACUGAUUUUCAUUUUCUGGCCCUACCGUCACCACCAGCGUGCCACCGUCUGUGCCGUCUCCACUGACUACUCAAAUAUGGCGGCGAUGAACUCAGUUCGUAUCGAUGCUGCCAAGAUGACAUCGAUUAACGAUCUUGCCGCCAGGAUUUUGGUAAAAGCUGUUACAAUUUCAAGACCUAACCAUCAUAUUCGGAAACUACCACUCUACAUUCAAGUUGAUAUGAGGAAGAUGAGAAGCUGA